UGUCUCUGAUCUGAAGGGUGUCUUUCACCAUGGUGCCAUCAUUCUACUCAACACAAACUUCUGUCAAGCUCUGGCCCUUAGACCUAAUGGGAGCUGCAGUGGAGCAGGUCAGCAGCAGCAGGAGUCAUACUGGAAGGUGCAUAAAGUCAGCUCUGGAGUUUGUAUGUUUGAAAGUGUGAGAAAGCCAAGGAUGUAUCUGAAGAUCAAAGAUGAUCAGUGUGAUGGAAUGGGCACAGGUGAUGAGCACUGUCACUUCAAAAUCAAGAAGGACUUGGAAAGUGGAUCUGUAAGCCUAGAAUCAGUGAGAAAUAAAGGGAUAUAUGUUGGUCUCCUGCCAGAUGGCCAGACUAAGCCAGUUGUUAACACUGGAGAGAGAAACAUAUUUUUCUACCCACAGGUCAUCAAAUUUGGCCGGGAAGAGCCUAUGGGAACAUCUGCAGCACCCAAUCAAGAGAAGAAAGGCUUUGGAGAAUCUCAGCUUCAACAAGCAAAAUCCCAGAAGCCAAUAUCUGAAAAUCUUUCAAUUUUCCCACCCUCAAAGGAAAUGAGAAAUCCCCAAGGUGGUGAGUGUCCCCUUCCUUCAGAUGAUGAAUGGAAAGUGUCAGUGCUGACAGGAGAUGCAGGAACUGAAGCAAAUGUCAUUCUCUGGAUAUAUGGAGACAAAGGAGUAGCUGGACCAAUAACUCUUGGCAAGGACAACAGAAAGCAGCUGUUUCUUCCCAGGCAGGAGGAUGAAUUUCAGGUGAAAAUAAAAAGCACUGGGAACAUCUACAAGAUAAGAGUUGAACUCGAUGGCUUGCUGGAUGAACAAUCAGAGUGGAACUUACAGAGGGUGACACUGCAACAUCUAAAGAGCAAGGAAAGACUGGAUUUUCCAACAAACACAUGGCUGUCAAGGCAUCGUGAUGAGAGAGAUUUCACCUGUGAGCUUCCAGUAUUGGAAGCUGGAAAACCUCUCCACCCAAUUGUUUUAUAUCAUGUUUGCAUCUACACUGGUGACGUGGAGCAAGCUGGUACAGAUUCUGCAGUUUAUCUGUGCAUCUAUGGGAAAAGAGGAGAUUCUGGACUAAGGCUUCUGCACAAAUCUGGUACCCCAGUGGCAUUUCGGAGAGGAAUGGUCAGCGCUUUUGGAGUGGAAGCUGUGUCCCUUGGAAAGCUGCAGAAGGUGCUGUUGCGCUGCGAGGCUAAUGCCAAGUCCCAGCAUUGGUACUGUGACAAAGUCCUUGUUAGAGAAGCUGAGAGCAACUCGGAAUACGUUUUCAGUUGUGAAAGGUGGCUUCCAUUUAUGUCCCAAGGUGAAAUUCAUUCAGAAAUUGAGCUGUACCCUCGAGAAUUUCAAAUAAAUCAACAGCUGAAAAUGCAAGAAGCAGCAAAUGAAGGAGACUGGAAGAUUACUGUAGUCACUGGGGAUUUGGAAACAGCUGGCACAACAGCAACAGUAUCCCUUUAUGCUUAUGGAGAAAACAAAGCUUCUGGUCCUAUUAUUUUGGGAUCAGGGAAACACCAGCUGUUUAAUCCAAGCAGUGAAGAUACAUUUAAGGUUAAUCUUGGAGAUCUUGGGCAGCUGUACAAAAUCCGCAUCGGCCAUGACAACGCUGGAAGUGAUCCCAGCUGGUACUUGAAGCGACUCAGGCUUAAAAGAGCAGUCCCUCUUUCGGAUGAGAUCUGUCUGCCCAUGGAGUGUUGGCUUGCAGAAGACAAAGGUGAAGGUGAUACGUGGAAGGAAGUGGCGAUAAGGAGCCCUGGACUGGAGCUUUUGCCAAUGUUGGAGUAUGAGGUCCAUGUACAUACAGGUGCCAGAGUUGGUGCUGAAACAGAUUCUAACAUCUAUAUUAACCUCACUGGGACAAGAGGAGAUGCUGGCAAAAGGAAGCUCCAUAGAUCUAAGAAUAAUGCUAGAAAAUUUCAGCGUGGACAGACUGAUAUUUUCUGCAUAAAGGCUGUCUCACUGGGAGACUUGGAGAAAGUUCUGAUUAGCCAUGAUGGAGCUGGUCCAGGCAGUGGAUGGUUCCUGGAUAAGAUUGUCAUCAGAUAUAAAGAAGGAAAGGAAGUGCAGGAGGUUGUAUUUCCUUGUUAUAGGUGGUUAGGUGAAUCUCAAGAUGAUGGGAAAACUGAGAGGGAGCUACCUGCCAAAAGAGAUGGCAAUGCAAUGAAGGCAUUCCUUAGAGCACAACAGUGGAGAGUGCAGGUUAAAACAGAUGGAGAUUCCCCCCAGCCACGAGAGUGUAAAAGGACCCUUGUGAUUUAUGGCUCAAAGGGCAAAAGUGAUGAGCUUCUGUUUUCUGCCCCAAACCCAGGACAUGUGUGCUUUCUACCCAGAGCAAUGGAUGAAUUCACUGUUGAGACAAGAGAUCUGGGAGAUGUAUACAAGAUUCGGGUCAGCUGUGAUGAUGUGCCAGGCUUUGAGGGCUGGCAUUUGAAGUCAUUUCACUUAGAAGAGCUACACACAAAACAGGAACUGAACUUUGACUGCAACUGCUGGCUUGCUCUUAACAGAGAAGACAAGGAGCUGGUGAAAGAAUUCCCUGCAGUUAAUGAGGGCCAGAAAACUUUACCAGUCUUUAAAUACCUUGUCUCUGUUCACACUGGUGACUGCUGGGGAGCAGAAACCUUUGCAAAUGUUUAUAUCAAUCUCUAUGGCAGAAGAGGGGACACAGGUGUGAGGAAACUUCAGACAUCUUUAGCAGGAGGAAGAAGAUUUCAAAGGAAUAAGGUGGAUUCAUUUUUGGUGGAAGCUGUUUCUCUGAGUCAUCUGCAGAAAGUGGUCAUAGGACAUGAUGGAGAAGGCUAUGGAGCUGGGAUGUACCUCAAGAUGGUAACAGUCAAAGAAUCACAAGACUCAGACAAAGAAUGGGUCUUCCCAUUGUGGAACUGGCUGGAUACACAUCUGGGAUUAUGUGAGACUGUUUGUGAGAUUGGGACAGUUGGUAGAAGAUUAACUUCUAGUCCUAAACAGCCUGAAAUGGACAGGAAGUCACCAGGAGUCUGGAUAAUGGACAUCACUGGAUCUGAUUUGAGCAAGGAAGAGGAUCCACUAUGCCUUUCUUUUAUCUUCUAUGGCAACCUGAGUCACAAAAAGUUGCCCAUUCAAGUUACAGGAAACACAAUUCAGCUCAAAGAUGAACUGGCAGAUAUUGGCUCACUAUCCAAAGUUCAGGUCACUGGCCCACAGAGCAAGCUGAAACAGCCAUGGCACUUGGAUUUACUGCAUCUGAAGCACACAGGCACAAAGGAAGAGAUGUAUCUAGCUUUUGACUGCUGGUUCAACCCUGAUGAGGACAAAUGUGUAGAACUGCCAGCUCUCUAUGCAGAUCAGGAGCCUCUGCCUGUUGUGGAGUAUGCAAUCCAUUUGCACACAGGAGACCUGAAGAAAGCAGAUGCCAGUGGUGAGGCUUAUCUUUGUAUAGAAGGAGAAAGGAGUGACUCAGGGAAACGAUGGCUUAACUCAAGAAACAGCCUGAUCACCUUUGCUCGAGGGCAGGUGGAUGUCUUCAAAAUCAAAGCAGUGCACCUUGGCAAGUUGAAUCGAGUUCUUGUUGGAUUUAAGAGCCUUAAAAAAGAUGAAUGGUUCCUAGAGAAAAUUGUUAUAAAAGAAGUCUUCUACCCUUUUUCUGCACAUGCUUUUGUUUACAAUGACUGGAUCAAGAAAUGCUCCAAGAAAGAGUUCAUAGAAGUGGCAAUUCCACUCAAAGAAACAUCUGUGGCAUCUCUUCUCACCAAAAAUGUUGAUACUAAAAGCAGAGGACGGUGGCAAACAUGGAUACACUGUACACAACUACCAGAUGAUGGUCCUGAUAUUGAAAUUGUUGUAUUUGGAAGAAAAGGGAAAUCACCUGCACAGAAAGUUCAGAAUCUGGAUGAUAAGCCAUUUCUGCUGACUGUUGGCGAUAUUGGAGAUAUAACAAAAGUUUCCUUUGUGCUCUCUGGUCCAUGCUUGAGAAGAGGAAUUAAACUUCACAAGCUGCACUUAAAAGACCUGGACACUAAACAAGAGUUGGGAUUUCACAUGGAAGCCCAAUAUCUGUUUGGAGAAGAUGGAUCUGAGACUGUGACAGAGCUGGCAGUGGUCGAGCCAGACAAACCACCACUCAGAGAAGUUCUCUACUUGAUCAGUGUUCAUACAGGAACCCUGCCUGCAUCAGGGACUGAUGCAGAUGUGUUUCUCACAGUAUUUGGAGAGCAAGGAGAUUCCUGCAAAAGGAGACUAAGGCAGUCAAGAUUUGAAAGAGGACAGGUUUGUGUCUCUGAAGUGAGAGCAGUAGACCUUGGACAGUUACAUAAAGUGCUUGUUGAGCACCAUAAUGUGGGCUUUGGAGCUGGAUGGUACCUGGACCAAAUUGUCAUCCAUGAGUCAGGCAAGACUGAUGGGCAAUACGCAUUUCUUUGCCAGCAGUGGUUAGACAGUGGAGUUGGUGAUGGACAGAUGGAACGGAUGCUGAAACUUCUUGGGAAAGUCAGGAAUGAGAAGUUGACAGGGAAGAUUUCUGGGACUUGGGAUGUCCUUGUCACAACUACUACUACUGCUUGCACUUCCAUGAAUCCUAAAAUGUCUCUGACUGUAUGUGAUGUAAAAGGUGCCUGUACUUCAGUCAUUUUCCCCAAAGGAUCUCUUAACAAAACCCAGGUUUUUGAGACUUCAAUUGAACUGAAUAAGAAAUUCACUACUGUAUUCAAAGUUCGCCUGGAAAUUGAAGAAGCUGAAGAAGGAGAGACUUGGCAUUGUCGGGAGGUAAAGCUUCAACACAGAGAGAGUAAAAACGUCCUAGAAUUCCCCUUUUGGCACAAGUUUGCAGAUGAAGAAGGAGGAAGAGUGGCUGAGCUUCCAGUUCUCACAGCUGGCUCUCCUUUUCCAGCAGUGAAAAGCUAUGUUCUCUAUAUCACUACGGGAGCAACCCCUGGGUCAGGAACAGAUGCUGAUGUGUAUGUCAAGCUGCAAGGUCUUUUUGGAGAUACUGGCAGAAGAAAGUUAAUUAGAAAAGGAGGUGACAAUUUUACUAAAGGAAAGGUGGAUGUUUUUCAAGUGGAAGCAGUAGAUGUUGGGACCCUGCAAAGGAUGGUGGUUGAAAAAGGGAAAGGUUCUGACUGGUUUCUGGAGAAGGUCGUUGUGAAGGAGUCAGCAAUUGCCAGGACAGAAACAUUGUUUAUGGCUCAAACGUGGCUAAAAGACAGACGUGAUGGAAAAAGUUCUGCCUCAACAACUCUGAAUGCCACAGAAAUUCAGGAGAGGAGAAGCACUUCUGCCUGGCCUUUAGGAGAAGAGCAAAUGAAUUCAGAAGGCAGAUGGAGGAUUUAUUUCACAAAGCAUCAAGAAGAAACAAAAGCAGACUUUGAAGAGUUGUCAGAAAAUGUAUCCAAGUUGGUUAUGGUUUUUUAUGGAAGCAACGGCAAGUCCAAUCUGGUUUCCAUGGAAAACAAAGUGGAACAUCAGGCUAAGAACCAAAUAACACAUGAUAUACAUUUACCAUCUGAUUUGGGAAUGCUGUAUAAAGUGAGGCUUGGUCUGCAGAGUUUGGAAAGCAGCACAUCCCAGUUGCCUCUUUGUCACUUGAAAAUGCAGAACACAUCAACUCUGGAUACCUUUAGUCUCACCAUAAAUAAAACACUUCCUCUUUCUCUUAAUGGAGACAGAUGGGUUGAAUUCCCUGUUGAGUGGCCAUUAAAAGAAGCACUUUCUGUGGUUACAUAUCACCUAACGGUGUUUUCUAGAAAUAUUUUGAGUGAGAGAAAUUUAGUGCAUAUGACUGCAUGUAUCUAUGGUGCUCACGGUGACACAGGGGACAGAUCUCUUCUCUGCUCGUUGCAGAAUGUCCAGCAAGAAGAGGACAAUGAGUCAUUUCUAGUUGUGGUGGAAGCUGUGGAACUGGGAGAACUGGGCAAAGUUGUUCUUUUGAUCAGCAGUAAAACAGACUGCAAGCUGGACAUUAAAAAACUGCAUGUGAAAGAAGCUCUGAAGGAACAUCCUAUCUAUGUGUUUGAAGUGAAUGAAGCAUUUUCUGUGGAGGCAAACAAUCCAGAAAUACAGAAAGAAAUCUCAGUGUCUUUUGUCAUUAGAGGAGACAAACAAAAGAAUGAUCCUGAUAACAACUUACUUAGAGAAGGAGGUCAAGCAGGAAACCUGACAGAGUAUACUAUUAAAGUAUACACAGGUGACAAAAGGGGAUCAGGCACUGAUGCCAAUGUGCAUAUUAUUUUGUUUGGGAAUGAGGACAAAUCUGAGGUAUUUCAACUCUCUCAGUCACUGGAGCAUCAUGACCCCUUUGAACGAGGAAAGGUUGAUACAUUCAAGGUCAAGACAAAGAAAUUAGGCAGCCUCCGCUCAAUCGAAAUCGGUCACGACGGGAAAGGAUUUGCAAGUGGCUGGUUCCUGGAGAAAGUAGAAAUCACAGACACAUCGAGGAAUUCACAGUAUUGCUUCAGCUGUAACAGGUGGCUUGCUGAGGACGAAAGCGAUGGUCGCACCGCAGUGCAACUUUACCCACAGCAGCCUGAUUUCUGAUGCUUUCUGUGUUUGCCACUUCUCCAAAUUCAUGCAGAUUUGAUUUACUUGUAUUUUAUAAUUCUGGAGGUAUUGUAAUUACUCUGAAGGAAUGUCAAAACAAUGCAUUAAAAGCAUCAGAGUAAAUUAAACAUGUCUAAUGUGAACGCCGCCUUCCAAUCCUAUUAGAGCUGCUCAAGAACUUUGCCUGACUGAAAUGUAGAAAGCAGAAAUUUCCAUCUGCAGCAUGGCUCUGUGGACUUGAGCUGAGCAUUCACAAUGGCAGGCAUAUGCAGUCAUGUACUCAAACAGGUUUGUUUCAGUAAUAAUUCGUGGGUAAGUAAAAUUUAGGUCUUUGGUCAAAUCUGUCAAUAUUUAUUAAUUGGAUAAAUCUGUUUGGAUGUCAAUAUUUAGUCAAGUUUAGAUUUUCUUGAAGGAAAUUCCCAAACAAACUGCACAACUCUUCAGCUUUACCCAUUUAUUGCUUCCUUUUUCUAUGAGACCAUAACAGAGUAAUAAAGAAUUUGUUAUUCAGGAGUUCA